AAGCAUGUGAAUGCCCAAAAAAGUGCCCAAACAAUUCAAACUAUCCCCAAAAUGUCCCUCGACUCCGACUCAUCAGCACUCCCUUCCUCCAGCCGAGACUGGUACUUCCCCUCACCGCCCUUCAUCCACGCCGCGAAAUCCCCAAAAUACCACCGAAGAUUCUCCACAAACCCCAGACCUUCCCAGCCCCUCCCCUCCGAUUCUCCGGCGACGCCGUUUCGUGCCGUUCCCUCCUCCACCUCUGCCCCUCCCAGGACUUUCAACCAUGACAGACUCCGCCGGAGAGUUGACUUUCCCCGUCGGCCAGAGAAGCCGCCUCGAAACGAGCCCAGUCUCGGUGUCCCCGAUGGCGUCUCCAGAAAGCGAUCAGAGGCUUCCACCGCCGUCGCCGGCGACAAGUUCCCUAGGUUUUCCCAGCCCGGCUUCAAGCCUCGGUGGAAAAUGGCGUUUUUAGUAGCGAUUCUAUUGACAGUUUUCUCUUCAAUGGUGUAUCAAAAUUUCUGUUUACAUAGCCAAGUCAAUGAGUUGCAGGAUUAUAUAUCCAAGCUUGAAUUUAGAUUACAAACCUACGAUUCGGCAGGCUCUAAGGAGCUGAUCAGUUCUAAAUUUGGGCUGGAGGAUGAUCUUUCUAACAACGGCUUAAAACGAUUAGCGCUUAUGGUCUCCCUCUUACUAUUAUCAAUCCCGCUUGUAGUUUUCAAGUACAUUGACUAUGUCUCGAGAUCACGAUCACCAGAGAAUAUCUCUGAAGAAGAGUCUCUAAACAAACAGCUAGCGUACCGUGUUGAUUUGUUUUUGUCAGUCCAUCCGUAUUCGAAGCCAUUGGCAUUGUUGGUGGCCACACUAUUGCUUAUUUGUCUCGGGGGUUUAGCACUCUUUGGAGUGAAAGAUGAUAGCUUAGCAGAGUGUCUUUGGCUAUCAUGGACGUAUGUGGCUGAUUCAGGCAACCAUACGGACUCUGAAAAGAUUGGCGAAAGGCUUGUUUCGGUUUCCAUUAGCUUUGGUGGGAUGCUGAUAUUUGCAAUGAUGCUUGGACUUGUUUCUGAUGCAAUUUCGGAGAAAUUUGACUCAUUGAGGAAAGGAAGAAGUGAGGUUGUGGAGCAAAACCAUACUUUAAUCCUUGGUUGGAGUGAUAAGUUGGGUUCACUAUUGAACCAGAUUGCCAUAGCCAAUGAGAGUUUGGGUGGAGGGAUUGUUGUAGUUAUGGCUGAGCGAGACAAAGAGGAAAUGGAACUUGACAUUGGCAAAAUGGAGUUUGAUUUCAAAGGAACAUCUGUAAUCUGCAGAAGUGGUAGCCCUCUAAUUCUCGCUGACCUGAAAAAGGUAUCUGUCUCCAAGGCACGUGCAAUAAUUGUCCUUGCUGAAGACGGAAAUGCUGAUCAGAGUGAUGCCCGUGCAUUGAGAACUGUUUUAAGUCUAACCGGAGUGAAAGAGGGGCUUGGAGGACAUAUUGUUGUUGAACUAAGUGAUCUUGACAAUGAGGUUCUUGUUAAACUUGUUGGUGGAGAUCUUGUUGAAACUGUUGUGGCUCAUGAUGUGAUUGGUCGUCUGAUGAUUCAAUGUGCUCGGCAGCCUGGACUUGCACAGAUCUGGGAAGAUAUCCUCGGGUUUGAAAAUUGUGAGUUCUAUAUCAAAAGAUGGCCACAAAUGGAUGGCAUGCAUUUUGAGGAUGUACUGAUCAGUUAUCCUGAUGCCAUUCCUUGUGGAGUCAAGGUUGCAUCAUUGGGUGGUAGAAUUAUUUUGAACCCGGAUGACUCAUAUGUUCUACAAGAAGGCGAUGAAGUACUUGUCAUAGCAGAGGAUGACGAUACAUAUGCUCCUGCAGCAUUGCCUAUGGUCUGGAGAGGAAGUCUACCCAAAGACUUUGUUGUUCCAAAGUCUGCAGAAAGGAUACUUUUAUGUGGUUGGCGGCGAGAUAUGGAGGAUAUGAUUAUGGUGUUGGAUGCCUUCCUAGCCCCUGGUUCAGAGCUGUGGAUGUUCAAUGAGGUUGCAGAGAAGGAGAGGAAAAAGAAGCUCACUGAUGGCGGUCUUGAAAUCAGUCGUUUGGUAAAUAUAUCCUUAGUUGACCGUGAAGGAAAUGCUGUCAUACGGCGACAUUUAGAAAGCCUUCCUUUGCAAUCUUUUGAUUCGAUCUUAAUUUUGGCGGAUGAGUCUGUGGAAGACUCAGCAAUUCAAGCUGAUUCAAGAUCUCUUGCCACUUUGCUUUUGAUUCGUGAUAUUCAGGCUAAGCGUCUUCCUAUGGUAACACAUCUUGAAAGGGGAAGCUUCUCACAGAGUUCGUGGAUAGGGGAAAUGCAGCAGGCUUCAGAUAAAUCGGUUAUAAUUAGUGAAAUCCUGGACCCAAGGACUAAAAAUCUAUUGUCCAUGUCAAAGAUCAGCGACUAUGUGCUAUCGAAUGAGCUUGUCAGCAUGGCCCUGGCUAUGGUAGCAGAGGAUCGACAAAUAAAUGAUGUGUUGGAGGAGCUGUUUGCAGAGGAGGGAAAUGAAUUGCAAAUAAGGCAAGCGGAUCUUUAUCUCCGUGAAGGAGAGGAGUUGAGCUUCUAUGAAAUACUCUUGCGUGCACGACAAAGGAGAGAGAUCAUGAUUGGUUAUCGUUUAGCUGAUGCUGAGAGAGCUGUCAUCAACCCUGCUGCUAAAAGUGAGAGACGGAGGUGGUCAGUGAAGGAUGUAUUUGUGGUGAUUGCAGAGAAGGAAUGAAGCAUAUCUGAAACUAACAAUGAAGGCAGAUGUAUAAACCUCCACACGUUCACUCUUGAUGAAAGUCCCUGACUGGCAACUAAGAACAUAAAUAACGAUAGCUUCUAUCCGUUCUGUGCGAAACUUCAUCUUUAAAAUUGCAGAUCAACUGUGGUAUUUCCGCAGAUCAUAGGUGAUGUGUGCUCUCUUAUCAACAAUGUAUAUGUGAUCCACACAUACUAGUCAAAGCUAUGGGACGUGACAUUGAGACCGAUCAAGUUGGUGUUCAAGCGUGUUUUUCUGAUCAAUCAUGUAGCUAUGCUUCUCUCUCUGAAGGUACAGUUGUUUCAGUUUAGUUGUCAAAGAUUAAGUAGUAUAUUGAGUGGACUUGCUACAAGUUUAUUUCAGAAAAACAGUUCAGGAAGCAAGCAAGCGGAGUUAGUUGAAGGGAUGAGCAAUGAUUCCAGCCUUGGACUAUGAUUUUCUCCUUGUUCACCGGAGGCCUUUGUUUCUUUGGUUGUUUUAAAGAAAUUUCCCAAUGUAUGUGUAUAUAUUUAUAUUUAUCCAAGAGAAUGAAUUUAAUCA